CGCCUGCGCACUGCGGCUCCAGGGAGCCUUGAUUUUGUCCGGGAUUCCCAAUUCUGCAGCACAGAGCGGAGGCAGCGCGGACAGCAGGCGCCGACCAGGAGGGACUUACCGCCAGCCACGGGCAAGCACGGCCGGGACCUACCUCCUGACUGCCAGCUCGACCCCUGCAAGCCCCUAGCCCAGAGAUCAGAGGGCUCUGUGCACCGCGCGACCAGCCGCAUCGCUCCCCGCAACCACAAUGGGUAAACAGAACAGCAAACUUGCCCCAGAGGUGAUGGAAGAUCUGGUGAAGAGCACAGAGUUUAAUGAACAUGAACUGAAACAGUGGUAUAAAGGUUUCCUUAAGGACUGUCCAACCGGAAGACUCAAUCUUGAUGAGUUUCAACAACUCUACGUAAAGUUUUUCCCAUAUGGAGAUGCAUCGAAGUUUGCCCAGCACGCUUUCCGAACCUUUGAUAAAAAUGGAGAUGGUACCAUCGACUUCAGAGAGUUCAUCUGCGCUCUAUCCAUCACUUCAAGGGGGAGCUUUGAACAGAAACUAAAUUGGGCUUUCAAUAUGUAUGACCUGGACGGAGAUGGAAAAAUCACCAGAGUGGAGAUGCUGGAGAUCAUAGAGGCUAUCUACAAAAUGGUGGGCACUGUGAUAAUGAUGAAAAUGAACGAGGACGGCCUCACGCCUGAACAGCGAGUAGACAAGAUCUUCAGCAAGAUGGAUAAGAACAAAGACGACCAAAUCACACUGGAUGAAUUCAAAGAAGCCGCAAAGAGCGACCCUUCCAUCGUAUUACUGCUCCAGUGUGACAUACAGAAAUGAGCUCACGCUGACGCAUUUCGGACUGCACACAAAAAAAUGUCAAUGUUCCAUUCAGUUUGCAGCUAUUUCCACGACAAAAACAGAAAAAAAAAUUUAACAAAAAUAAUUGCUUGGACUACCUAUAAAUGGACUUGCUUCUUGUGUUUGAGACACUCGUGUGCAUGAGAAUGUCAUUUGCUAAAGAAUUUUAAAAGUAUAUACUAUAUAUAAAUAUAUAUAUAUAAAAAAAAAAAGAAAUGGAUAAAAAACCUGAAAAAAAAUUGACUGCCACAAUGUGAAGUGUGCAAUGUAAUUUCAUAAGUCCCUGAAGCCUGUGCAUCAGUAACGUACUGCAUAAUGAUGCCUAUUUAUUGUUUUACUGAUGCUAGCUGUGUGUCUCUUUUUAUGUGUUCGUGGUAGUGACACUGAUUGCCAUGGCGAUGUUACUGUUCCGACUAGCGCAUCUCACCUGCUGUAAAGUAGUCCCGGGCAGGCGGAGGGACAUGACUUCGGCUCAUGGAUCUACCCCGUCCCUUUCACACAUGUGCUUGUGACGUCGGUGAAUAUAUAUGUCAUUCAUUUGCAUGCCACUUAGGUUUGCCUUAAUUCUUACCUCAUUUUGCACCCUUAAUGAAUUUGGAAAGAAGCGCGUCAAGAGAAUCGGAGAGCGAACAAAACGCAAGCCCCACCGGAACCCUCCCAAAUUCAUUUAGAGAAAUAAAUCUAUAUAUAUAUAUAUAUAGAUAAAUAUAUAUAUAUAGAUAGAUAGAUAGAUGUAUGUACAUAUAAGCUGAAGCCAAGAUGAUAUACGUAUGUUUAUGUAUAUAAGUACUAUAUACAUAGGUACUCCUACAUGAGAUGCAUAUAUGACGAUAUAUAAAGAUGACCUGUUGAUUCAAUGGGAUUGAACGCAGUAUUGAAAAGUAGAUUGAUUUCAGAAUUUUCAAGAGGUUGCAAUAUAUGUCCCUAAAUAAAUAAUUUAUACCAUUUGA